AUGAUAAAUUUUAUACUUCUUCAAAAUAGACAGGGGAAAACCAUAUUUUCAAAAUGGUAUAUUAAUUGUGAUGAAGGAAAACGAAAGCAAAUUGAAAGAAAUAUAAAUAAAAUUUUAAUAAAUCGAAGCACACAUUAUGCAAAUGUAUUUGUAUAUGAGCAAUUUAAAAUUAUUUACAGACUAUAUGCAGGAUUAUAUUUUAUUGUAUCUAUUGAAAAUGAAAACGAGUUAUAUAUCCUUGAAUUUAUUCAGUUUAUGGCCCAGAUCUUAGACACAUUUUUUACAAAUGUAUGUGAAUUAGAUCUUCUUUUUAAUUUUCAUUUGUUAUAUUAUUUUUUUGAUAAUAUAAUAUUAGGUGGAUAUAUAUAUGAAGUAAAUAAAAAUAUUAUUUUAGAUAAAAUUAGUAAAAUCAAAAAAUUUUUAUAA